ACACUUAUCAAGUUGUUAUUGGAUGAAAGCUCCUGCUUUUUAAAAAAAAAAAAAAUAACCAAGCUUUAUUCAUACCAAGUUCAUAUGCUAUGCAAACAACAAACAAUCUCGAUUCACAAAUGGAGCAAAGCAAAGGCAGGAGACUGAUCCUUUGCCCACUGCCAUUCCAGGGGCAUAUAAACCCUAUGCUGGAACUGGCCAACAUUCUCCAUUCCAAAGGCUUCUCCAUAGCCAUCAUCCACACCAACUUCAACUCCCUCAAUCCUUCAACCCGAAACCCACACUUCACCUACCAUUCAAUCCCUGUUGACUUGACAGAAACCGAGGCCUCCAUCAAGGAUCUCACCGUCGUUCUUUCUAUUCUAAAUGCUAAAUGUGUUGAGCCUUUCAGAGAAUGUUUGGCCGAGUUGUUAUCCGAUGGCAUGAAUUCGGAGAACCCCAUUGCAUGCUUGAUCUCCGACCCUCUCUUCAACUUCACUCGAUCGGUUGCGGAGAGCUUUAAGCUGCCGACGAUCAUAUUAAGGACCGGGUGUGCCGCUUCCUUCGCUGUCUACAUAGCAUUUCCACUUCUCAAGAAAAAAGGAUUACUUACGAAUACAGGUUCUCGACUAGAAGAGCCAGUGAUCGAGCUAUCACCUAUCAAAGCUAGAGACCUACCCACGAUGCCCAAUUGUGACGCUGAGGAUUUAUAUCAACUGAUAACCAACAUGGUAAAUGAAUCCAAGGCUUCUUACGGACUCAUUUUCAAUACUUUUGAAGAUCUUGAAGGACAUGCACUUGCCACAAUUCGCCAAGAAUAUCACCCCAAUAUUCCAGUUUUCUCACUAGGUCCAUUUCACAAGUGUGGCCCCACAACCUCUUCUUCUUCAAGUAGUUUAUUAGCACAAGACCAAAGUUGCAUUUCAUGGCUAAACGCUCAAGCGCCAAAAUCGGUUGUUUAUGUUAGCUUUGGGAGCAUGGCCAAGAUUGAUCAAGCUCAAUUUUUGGAGAUUGCUUGGGGGUUGGCCAACAAUGGCCAGCCUUUUUUGUGGGUGGUUCGACCUGGAUUAGUUCAAGGGUCGGACUGGCUUGAAACGUUGCCUGACGGGUUGUUAAAAGCUUUGAACAAGAGGGUUCAUGUAGUGAAAUGGGCUCCACAAAAGGAAGUGUUGGCUCACCCAGCAGUUGGAGCCUUUUGGACUCACUGUGGUUGGAAUUCUACAUUGGAGGGUAUUUGUGAAGGGGUCCCUAUGAUUUGUACACCAUGCUUUGGUGAUCAAAUGGUGAAUGCAAGAUAUGUGAGCGAUGUUUGGAAGGUAGGGAUGCAGUUGGAGCAUGGGAUUGAGAGAGGUGAGGUUGAAAGAACAAUUAGAAGACUAAUGGUGGAGGAAGAAGGGGAAGAGAUCAAAGACAGAGCCUUAAAGUUGAUGGAGGCGGCAAAUCUUUGCCAUAAAGAAGGUGGCUCUUCAUACCAAUUCUUGGAUGGCUUGGUUCAAUAUGUUUUGUCGUUAUAAAUCGUUUGUUUCUAAAACUCAGCAUUAUUCAAUAAAAUAAAAAUGUUUUGUUGGCUUGCAGCCUUGCACCAUGUGUAUUAAUAUUGUUGAUAUUUCGAUAAUUUUAAAAUUGCUAAUAUGCAGACAUCAUGCCUA